ACUGUGGAGGUUGGCGAUACUAAAUUCACAAUACUCAAGCGUUAUCAGAACCUCAAGCCCAUUGGCUCAGGAGCUCAGGGAAUCGUGUGCAGCCGAUAAGAAGUGAUGAACGUGAUGACAGUAGCUAUCUCAUAGCCCAUCCCAUCCCCCAACAGUGAGUCUUGAACCACAACCAUCAUGUUCUACACAGUGGAGUUUGGAGACACCGAGUUUUCUGUACCAAGUCGCUAUUUGGACCUGGCACCUAAAGGGGUGGGUGCUCAGGGCAUGGUCUGUGCUGCUUAUGACACGGUUACCCAGCAGAACGUUGCUAUCAAGAAACUGAGCCGUCCAUUCCAGAAUGUUACACAUGCUAAGCGUGCAUAUCGAGAGUUCAAGCUCAUGAAGCUUGUUAAUCACAAGAAUAUUAUUGGCCUGUUAAAUGCUUUCACACCACAGAAAUCGCUGGAGGAAUUUCAAGAUGUGUAUCUUGUAAUGGAGUUGAUGGACGCCAACCUCUGUCAGGUGAUACAAAUGGACUUAGACCAUGAGAGAAUGUCAUACCUCCUCUACCAAAUGCUGUGUGGUAUCAAACAUCUCCAUUCAGCAGGCAUCAUACACAGGGACCUGAAACCUAGCAACAUUGUGGUAAAAUCAGACUGCACCCUGAAGAUUUUAGAUUUUGGCUUGGCCAGGACAGCUGGCACCACAUUCAUGAUGACACCGUAUGUUGUCACACGCUACUACAGGGCACCAGAAGUGAUAUUGGGUAUGGGUUACAAGGAAAAUGUGGACAUCUGGUCAGUAGGGUGCAUUAUGGGUGAAAUGAUACGUGGUGGAGUCUUAUUUCCAGGCACUGACCACAUUGAUCAGUGGAACAAAAUCAUAGAGCAACUUGGCACACCAUCACAAGAUUUUAUGAAGCGACUACAACCAACAGUGAGGAAUUAUGUGGAGAACCGACCACGGUAUCCUGGUUAUGCAUUUGACCGGCUCUUCCCAGAUGUGCUCUUCCCGUCCGACUCUUCUGAACACAAUAAGUUAAAAGCAAGCCAAGCUAGAGACUUGUUGUCACGGAUGUUAGUGAUUGAUCCCGAGAAACGGAUAUCAGUAGAUGAGGCUUUGCUGCACCCCUACAUCAAUGUGUGGUAUGAUGAGGGAGAAGUCAAUGCUCCAGCACCUGGCCCAUAUGACCAUUCAGUGGAUGAACGAGAACACACAGUGGAACAAUGGAAGGAAUUAAUUUACCAAGAAGUGAUGGAGUAUGAGAUAACACAUGGUCACAAUGCCUUGAGUUCAGCCCACUGCACAGCUCGUGCUCCAAACAGCGAGGAGUCUGAGGACAUGGUAGAUGGACAACGUGCGGCAAGGCGGUAGAGCCUGGAGAAAAAGCCUGAGUCUGUUCUUCUACCCUCACCCUCACCACCACUACCACCACCACCAGACUCAGGCGAGGGCUCCCAAGAAUAAAUUGCGGCCAAGCAAAAAGGGGUGUCCAGUAGGUGUGCCUGUGUGUAAGAAGAAGAGUUGAUAUCAAGGCAACACACCCAAACUUCAGAGUUCAGUUCUGAAUUCCAAGUGUGGGAGAGAAUGCCUCUCAAGGAAAUGGACUAAAUAAUUUGGGCCUUGACCCAUGACUCAGCUAAUCACUGGAGCUCUACAUCACAAAGCCUCUCUUUGUAGUCACAGUAAAACAGUCAGAUAUAGCGAACAGAGACUUUACUUCCUCUUAGCUUAGUUUACAGAAUGAUCUCUAGUAAACUGUAAAUCCAGAAUUAUGAAGUGGGUGUAUUUAUAUAGUUCACUCAACUUUUUUUAACAGAAAGUUGUUACAUAAAUAAUGUACAGCCCAAAUAUUGUUAUCAAUGUUCCUUAUCAUUCAUUUUGUCAUAAUCAUUAUCAAAGAGGAGGAAAGCAGUUGUUGAAAUUUAUGAAAGCACAGCAGUCAGCAGAUAUUUAAGUUCUCCCAUUCUGGUGUGGUAAGUCUUCAAGGUGCUGUAUAUCUGACAACACACCAUUGUGUCUGUUCACAGAAAUGGUUUUCCUUAUUUUUUUUCUGAAAGGAAAAGCUUACUGACCUAACACAUGCAUUUAGAAGAUAUGAAAACAUUUAAAUGUGCAGAAUGUUAGUACUGAGUUUUUGUCUUUUAAACAUUUAAAUUAGGAACUUGAUCUUCAAAUAAACAAAAAUUUGUAUUGUGUGAAAUGCCACAUUGCAUUUCGCUAAAUUAAUGGUCAAUUUUUGACUGAAGAAAAAUAUUUAUCUAAAACAACCAACUUGAUAGAUGUUUCCUUACAGUAUAUAGGUUUUUCAUCCCCUUUUGUGUACUUUAUGCCAGUUGUUAUGAGUUACUGCUAUUGCAGAGUCAUUCAGAGUUGAAAGUACAUUUUAUGUACAUUGUAAUGAAUUGCAUUAUUUGAAGCUUAGAAAACAAUGUUUCAUCUCCAUAAAAGACAGGAAGGAUUUUGUCAGAGUGAAGAAAAUUAGACUUAAAUUCAGUUAAUUACAUGACAGAGCCUUCCUUGAAAAGUUGAUAUCUCCACAGCUUGUCAAGACAUUCCCAGCUGGAAUGGAACUCGGUCCAUAGACCUUAGCACUGGGCCCUACACUUAGCCAUCUCAGUCCAGUUCAGAUCUUUACAACCACUUUCUCUGUAGCAUAGUUGCAGUACAGUGUUCACUUUGUCAUGAUUGUACAUCCAUUUGUUUGCAUGUAACAACUUGAGAGGUGAUUUUUAUGAAAUUUGAUAUUGGGGAAUUUCACCAAAAUUUGUCAGCAUAUUUCAGUUUUGAUUAAAAUCAGACAACAAUAACAGUCACUUUCCAUGUAGCCCAAAAUGAGUUUCUGCACACAUCUUAGAACAGAAAUUGUUUAGAAAAAAAGUAGAUGAAAGUAAAUCUUACAGUUUAUACACUUCUGUAAGCCUUAAGGUUUUGAAAAUAAUCAAACAAAAUGGGUUUUAUGCUGCGUACAGGCAAUAACAGAUUGAACGCACCAAAACUAUUAUACUGCAUUAACAUUUCACAAGUUGUUCAAAGUGUUAUUCUAUAGACAUGAAAAUAACAGCGUUCAACAUUCUCCAUGUAUCGUAGCAUUUCCUGAACCAAGAAGUUAAAAAACAUUUUCUCAUGCUUACACAACUUCUUGUACUCACAACUGUCAGCUCAUGUCCUUUGAUCACUUCUCACUCUGAUAGUGUGCUUCCAUUUUUCAUCAUGUUAAUAUUUGAGGGGACCUGUGAUCUUGGGGUGAGAUGUUGGACUCUCAUUCAUAGUUCAGUCCCCCAUCAGAUCUGUAUGGAGAUCUUUCUGCUCAUAGAUUGAAACGUUUACACCCACGGGACUGUGAAGAAUGGCAACCCCCCUCCAUCAUGGUGUAGAGCCCACAUUGAGCCAGAGGUCCCCUCUGCUGAUCAUCAUCCUAAAGAAUCUGGCCUAUGGGUGCCACCAUCUCAGAUGCUGCACUCCUACAUUUGUAGACAGAGGCCAGAAAAGUGAACCUACAUCAUAUCUGGAAGUAUUACACAAACAAGAACAUAUGUUUAAAGCAUGUAAAGAUUGCAAAGAAAGAUACUGGUGAUCAGAUAUGUCGUAUUGGGAGGAAACAUAUUUUUUAGUUCUUGACAAAAGAAUAAGGGUUCCAGUACAAUGAACUGGUUCAUAUUGUAAGAAAAGAGUUGAGAUUGAUGUAUUUUUGUCAUAAAAUGUCUAUGCCUUAACAUGUCAUUACUGUUAAAACUGGCCUGGUAUUGAUAAAGGGGUAUUUAAAAACUGUCAGUGUAUUUUUUAUUUAUUAUGAAAGAUAAUUAAAAAUUGUACAUGAUACAUCUACAGCAAACUUACUAUAAUAUUUUUAAUUAUAUCAUAUUUUUAAUUCUGCAAAGUUGUGUCAUAACUUUUAAGAAUGUCUAUUGAAAUCUGCUGUGGUGGUGCAUCAAAAUACAUAAUUAAAAUUGUGUCAGAAUGUAUCACUAAUGCUGAGACCUCAAACAUAUAUUGGCUUUGAAUAUUGUCAGCUGUUUUGUUCCUCUGAAGCCCACUUCAUUUUGCAAUUCAGUUAGAUAUAAGGUACAGAGGGAAAGUCCUCUCUGACCAACUGCUGUUGGUAUAAAUUAACAUUCAUGAAGUUCCCUGCAUGUAAAUUGAUAGUACAGAACUCCUCAUUUAGAACUUAAGUAGUACAAGCACUAGCACUGUGUGUGGAAAAGAACAAACAUGCAUAUAGACAUAUUGAAAUGUGACUGAGAGUUGACACUUUGAGAGGGACACACCUUUAUUUUCAUUUCAGUGUUCCCAGUGACCACUUUACACUGGGAUGACAGAAAAAUUAUUUAUGUUAAAUACUUCAGUUUGAAGAAACAAACAUAUAUAUAUAUAUAUAUAUUGAGGUUUUCACAGCCUCAAUUUUAAAUGUGUUUUAUGACUUCAUAAUGGGAAUUGUGACUGAUUUUUAACUGCAGUUGGUUUUUAUUUUCAUACAACAGACUCAUUUGCACGACUCAUUGAAUUAUGAUUAUUUUUUCAUAACAAUUGCAGUAAUAAUGUAAAUAUAUAAAUCAAGUGGUUAGCUCAAAAUGGUUUGUUUUUAGCAAGCAAAGUGUAAGUUUUUCAUCACUUGAUGGAACUAUCUUUUUAAUGGCUGGUAUGUUUCUGUACACAGUGCAAAGAAUGGAUUUCAGUGUGUGGAUAUAUUUUUUAUUAUUAAUGUUAUUCUGUGCCGGAACAACUAUGUGUUAGUGGAUACUGAGAUUUCAUUAGAAAAGAAGUGAUUGUGUAAGUGACUGUUUUCAAGAAGUAGUGAAGUUUUUCAGUUUUUGCUUUAAAACAUUUUCUUUUCUGAAAGAAGACUUCUCAUCUUCUUCCAACAAAGAACUUGAAUCACGUUAAGAGGUUGCAGUCCGGUCCAAUGAAAUCAGUUUUUAUGUAAAACAAACGAUAUAAUGGAAAAAGAAUAGAAACACACUCAAGAAGACAUUGUAACUGUUUCAUUCUUACACUCAAGAUUGUUCAGAGUUGGACAAGAGAUGUGUUUCAUGCUUUUAUUUUCCCUUGCUGUCUGUGAUCUUAUUAGGGCAGAAUGCAAUGAAUGUGGUAUGAAGGAAUUUUUUCUCCAUUUUUUUUUACCAUCCUUCUGCUGCAAGCGCUGUGCUAGCUUGGUAAAGUAAGAAAGUUUUGCCCCUCGUCCAUUGGUUGACCACUUGGUCAAGGCAGGGCAACAGUUCCACAAUAAUCAAUUUGUCGGUGUCCGUGUGAGUUCCAGCAAUGUUGAUGUGUUAGUAGAAAAGAUUAAUAUAACUAUACCCUUCUUUCUCUGAUGUUAGUAUAACAUCGCCAGUAUGCCAUAGAAGGUAAUCAUCAGACCAUGCAAAUCUUAAAACCUUUUUUCCUUCAAAGUUCUUGCACUUGUGGUUAUUCUCAUAUUGUAAAUACGGUAUCGUUCCGUUCCUUUUGUGAAUAAGUAUAUAAAUCUGAUUAUUAUAUAAAUAAAAAUAUAAAUAUAUAAUCUUAGUAGUGUAUAUCAGGAAGAUGAUGUAGAAAUUUUUAAAAGUCUUGUGUAUGGUCCAAAUCAUUGGCAUCAACAGAAAAAUGUGACGUGUAUCGGGUAUUGAUGCUGAGCUGUACUUAGUAGAAAACUGUAUGACUUUAUCAUUGUAAGUUUUAUAGAUUCUUAGUGAACAUGAGAAUAGCUUUGUUUCUUGACCCUACCAAUAUGAUUACUAUGACUAUAAAAAUCACCUUGUUUUUACAAAGAAGAAUGUGCUCAGAAUUAAAAUCAAGAAGGUGCAAUAAAAGAAAUCAACUUGUGUGCUGGAACCUAUAGCGAGGAUAUACUGCUCAUUCACAAGAAAGCAAACAAAUGAUGCAUGAUUUUAACUGAAAUGUGUAUAUGAAAGAAUUGAUAAUUCAAAUCAGUGUUUGAUAUAACAUGCUAUUGAUGGACACCAAUAAACCAUGGCCACUUAUAACUAAGUAAGUAAAA